CUGAGGAAGGGGAGAAACGCAGAGUCGAGAGUUGAGAGUGGAAGUGACAAUGUUGUUUCGAUCAAUUUGCAAACUUUUCAAUAUCUCCCGUGUUUCUUCCUAUCAAUUAUACUCAACAAAAUCACUGAUUUCUUCUUUUCAUUCUUUCGAUGAACUCGAAGCUAAAAUAGUCCAGGAUAAUCGGGACCCCACAACCCCGGUGACCCCCAUUCUCAACCAAUGGGUUCAAGAUGGCGGAUCCAUCACUCACGAAAAAAUCCGAUAUCUCAUCGCAUGCCUCUGUCAGAGACGUUGCUAUACGCACGCCCUUGAGUUAUCAGAAUGGAUGCGUGAGUCAGAAAAAUAUGACUUGACCACAGGAGACAUUGCUGAUCAUCUCAAAUUGCUAUCGAUAGUUCGUGGCCUUGAACAAACUGAGAACUUCUACGAAGACAUUCCUAAUUCCCGAAUUAAAUUCAAGAUAAAUGUCGCGCUCGCGGAAUGCUAUGCAGAGCAUAAAUCUUUGGAGAAAGCGGAGGCUUUGAUGAAGAAAAUCAGGGAGAUUUAUCCCUUGACCACCCCCAUGCGUUACAAUAAGAUGUUGAAACUGUAUGCAGAGUUAGGCAAAUAUGACAAAUUGGAUAGCCUAAUGCAAGAAAUGAUGGAGAAGGACAUACGCGACCCUGGUACAUAUACUAUUCUCUUGAAUGCAUAUGUUGUUGCUGCAGACAUACAAGGGAUAGACAAGUUACUAAUGAGGAUGGAAGCUGAUCCUCUGGUAACUGUUCGUUGGCGUACCUACGCUAUCGCAGCAAACGGUUAUCUGAAAGGUGGCAAUGUCGAGAAGGCCUUGUCAGCACUGAAGAAAUCAGAGCAGCUAGCUUUAGGCAACCCUGUUGCCUGUUUAUCUAUUCUAACUAUAUAUGCUGGUAUUGGUAAUAAGGCUAAGGUUUAUGGAAUUUGGGGGAAGUGCAAACUCAGGAAGCGAUUUUACAACCAAGGUCACUUCUUAAUGUUAAGCUCUUUGGUGAAGCUAGGUGACAUUUUUGGAGCUGAGAAGAUCAUGGAAGAAUGGGAGUCCAAUUACAAAGUUUUCGAUGCCAGAAUUCCACAUCUUAUGAUCCAUACUUAUUGUAAAUUGGGUAUGUUGGAUAAGGCUGAGGCUUGUAUCAAGAGGCAUUUGGAUAGCGGCAAGCAAUUGCAUGCGUCUACAUGGGAAAAUUUGGCAGAACACUACUGCGCGGAUAAUAAUAUGGAGAAAGCAGUUCAAGCAAUGAAGACUAUUUUUGAUGUGUUAAUUUGAUUAUUAAAAAUUUAUUAAUAUAUUUUGAAAUAUAGAUAUUAAUUUUUUUUAUCUUUUUAUUGUACUA